UAUGUAACCUUAGCUAGCAGUGAACGCUUUAAAAAUAAAUAAACUUUCUUCAUGUGCUGUUACGAAAAGGCGUUGAAAAAGGAAACUAACAUAUAAUUUAUUUUCUUCAUCUUCAUUUUUAAAGUUAUGUUUGCAAGGCAUUUCAAGAAUUUAACAUUUUCCGUGUCCAGACUAAACAGCCCCAAAUGUUUUUCAAAGGUUCCCAUCAAGGCCGAUCCAAUUUUUAAAAAGUAUGUACCCCGGAGGGCUGUACUCUACGUACCCGGCAGUGACGAGCGUAAAAUUAGUAAAAUUCCCAAUCUAGAUGCCGAUUGUGUCGUGCUCGAUUGCGAAGAUGGUGUGGCCGUCAGCAGUAAGGAAGCUGCCAGGGUCAACAUUAAAAAAACACUCGACACAUUACAUUUUGGUCGAACUGAACCGAUCGUACGCAUCAACUCAGUGUCCAGUGGAUUAGGGAAAGAAGAUUUACAAGUUGUUCUAAGUGCCAGCAACCUGCCUCCAACACUCAUGCUUCCAAAAGUUGAGAUGGCAUCCAACAUUGAAUGGCUAGCUGAAACAGUGGUGUCAAUAUUGGAAGGCAUGAACAAGGAGAAGCACAGAAUGUUCAACUUGAUAAUCUUCAUUGAAUCUGCUCUGGGUCUGUUGAACUUUGAAAACAUCUGCAGACGAUCUGUUGAGUUGAUGGAGUUGGGAGUUCCAUUGUCUUUGGAGGGUGUUGUAUUUGGCUCUGAUGACUUCUGUGCUAACAUUGGAGCUGAAAGGACAAAAGAUGCCAUUGAGAUAAUGUAUGCCAGACAGAAGGUUGUGCUAGUUGCAAAAGCAUUUCAGAUGCAGGCUAUUGAUCUUGUCCACAUUGAUUUCAAAGAUUUAGAAGGCUUACGACAGCAGUCGUUAGAGGGAGCAAGAAUGGGAUUCACAGGCAAGCAAGUUAUCCAUCCCACCCAAGUUCCUGUCGUCCAGGAAUGCUUCACUCCAUCAGCUCAGAGAAUUGACUGGGCCACAAGAUUGAUUGCUGGCUUCAAUGAACACCAAGCUCAAGGGAAGGGUGCCUUUGUUUUUGAAGGCAGCAUGAUUGACAUGCCUCUCUUGAAACAAGCUCAGAACAUUGUCCAGUUAGUGGAAAGUCUCAAAAAGGUGACCAUCCCAGAAAGCCAGGCAGCUACUGAACCUGCGUCAGAGACAGCAAAAAAAGACGCUACUGCAACGAAUAAUGCUGCAAAUUAAUUACAUGCAUGCAUGAUCAUUGAUGGAUUUUAUGAUAAAUUUCUUGUUAAUCAUUGCUAAUCUUGUUUGUUUAAUUUAUUAUACUGUUAUUUUUUUUUAUCAAAAUUUCACAACAGUAAAAUUAUGCAAAUAAUGGAUUGUUUUUCAAUUUUUUUCUUUAUUUGUUCCAUUUGUUUGGCUGAAAACUCAUUAGUACAUAUACUUGUACAUUUGUAUUGUGUAUGACGCAUAAUUAUAUGUAUAUAUUCAUAUACGAAAUAUAUUUUACUCCACAUU